AGAGAGCCAAUCAGCAGUUGUGUUGACAUCAGUACGGGAGGGGCUACCGGAAUCUUUGCAAUGUUGCAUCAGAUUGACACUUGAUAUUUCAAUAAUUUCUCAGAAUUAACCUGAAAUAAAACCACGAUAAAUCUAAUUAGUAUUAAAUACCUUUUUAAUUACUAUUAGCUAAGCUAUUCGGGAUCUUUUCUUCACAGAUAUGCUCUGCGUUGGAACGUGGUGUAACGUAUUUUGUUGUCCAUCAAUAUCUAGCUAACAACUCCGCGAAAGUUAUUUAGGUUAGCUGUUAUAAAUGUGCAUUGAAGUUGGAGCUACCUGUAAAAUCAUUUUUACAUGAAUGUGUAGGGAUUGUUUUACGCCGCUACAAACACUGGAUCACACCAUAAUGAGCUUUAUAAACAGAGAGUAGGGCAACUGUUAGCAUCAAAACAGUUAUGGCCAAACAUGCAGUACUGUCAUCUGGGGGGAAAAUGUGGAGGUCUCUGGCUUGUGCACAGUCAGAGCUGCGUCUGGAUCUCACUCUUGCCUGUGGACAGUCUUUUCGCUGGAGAGAAACUGCAAAAGGCCACUGGACCGGAGUGAUGGGAGGACGAGUUUGGACUCUGACUCAAACAGAUGAGACUCUUUGGUACCACGUUUACAAAAACCAAAACAGGCACGGGGAGGGAAGUGACGGGAAGAGGAGAGCUGGUGUUUCUCUCCAGAUGGAAAACAAAUCAGAGAAGCAAUUCAAAGGAACUUUGAAGAAGGAGGAAGAGGAGCCAGUGGCUGUGGCUUUAGUUCAGGAUACUGAAGAAGAAGAAGAGAUGCUGAAAGAUUACUUUCAGCUGAAUGUGAAGCUAGAGGAUCUGUACAAGGAAUGGGGAGCAACAGACCCCCACUUCAAGCACAUUGCAGACAUCUUCACAGGUGUGCGAAUGUUGCGCCAGGACCCCACCGAAAGCCUCUUUUCCUUCAUUUGCACCUCUAACAACCACAUCUCGCGCAUCCAGGGCAUGGUGGAGAGGCUCUGCCAGGCUCUUGGGGAGCCACUGUGUCAACUGGAUCAAACCUCUUACUACAACUUUCCUUCCCUUUCUGCACUCGCAGACAGCAGUGUCGAGGCAUGUCUCAGGGAUCUUGGUUUUGGAUACAGGGCUCGGUUCCUUCAACAGAGUGCCAAGCAGAUUUUGGACACCCAUGGGCUCCAGUGGCUGGAUGGUCUACGCAGUGUCCCAUAUCUGCAGGCCCGUGAUGCUUUGCGUGCUCUGCCUGGCGUUGGCACCAAGGUGGCAGACUGUGUGUGUCUGACGUCCCUGGAUAAGCCGGAAGCCGUCCCUGUAGACACACAUGUGUGGCAGAUUGCUAAACGUGACUACAGCUAUGAUGGCAAUGGACAAAAGAGUAUCACAGAUAAACUCUACCGAGAUAUUGGGGAUUUUUUCAGAAAGCUCUGGGGUCCUUAUGCUGGUUGGGCACAGUCAGUGUUGUUCUGUGCUGACCUCAAGAAGUUCCAACAGCUGAAAGAAAUUCCACAUCUGAAGCAGCUGCAAAAAGAGGAAAAUGAUGAAGAACAAAUUUGCAAGAAAACAAAAAUGAAGACAGAAGAAAACAAAACUGCGAAGAAAACAAAGUCAACAUGUCACAAGAAAACAAGAACUUCUGUCAAGAAUGAGAAAGUGGUAUAAACACAUUACCUACACAGGAACUCACAUCACAUUACCUGAUUCUUGUUUUAUUAAAAAAAAACCAAAAAACAAACAAACACUGGAAUGACAUAUAAAAAAAUUAUCUCUCAGGAACAUGAUAUAAAACAAAUUGUUGUAAAAACAAAAAAAAAAGAAAAGAUUAAGUUUUCAUGUGUUUAUGGUCUUUACUGUGUCUACCUUUCCAUGUAUUCAAUAUUACAAUACAACUACAAUACACUGGUGAGUUUUUUUAAAAAAAAAAUAAAAACAAAAUAACUUAUGUGUUA